AUGUUAGCACUACUUUUACCUACCAAUUUAGCUAUAAGAUAUUAUCUUAAUUUAACUAGUACUACUUCUUAUUUUAGUCCUAGUCCAUGUUCUAGUUCUACUUUUUAUUCUAGUCUUAAUUCUAAUCCUUAUUCUAGUUCUAAUUCUAGUCCUAGUUCUAAUUCUAGUCCUAGUUCUAAUUCUAGUCCUAGUUCUAAUUCUAGUCCUAGUUCUAAUUCUAGUCCUAGUUCUAAUUCUAGUCCUAGUUCUAAUCCUAAUUCUAGUUCUCAUUCUAGUCCUAGUUCUAAUCCUAAUUCUAGUUCUCAUUCUAGUCCUAGUUCUAAUCUAAUUUUAUUUUAUCUAAGUGAAAGUGUGGAUACCAUCUUAAAUCCUAGUUCUUGUUUUAAUCCUAAUUCUAGUCCUAGUUCUAAUCCUAAUUCUUGUUCUAAUUCUAGUCCUAGUUUAAAUCCCAGUUCUUGUUCUAGUCUUAGUUCUAAUCAUAGUUCUAGUCCUAGUUCUAACCCUAAUUCUUGUUUUAGUUUGUGUCCUAGUUCUUAUCCUAGUUCUAGUUCUAAUCCUAGUCCUAGUUCUUAUUCUUGUCCUAAUUAUUGUUCUAGUUCUAGUCCAAGUUCUAAUACUAGUUCUAGUCCUAGUUCUAAUCCUUGUCCUAAUUCUAGUCCUACUUCUAGUCCUAGUUCUAGUUCUAGUCCUAGUUCUAAUCCUAGUUUUUGUUCUAGUCCUAGUUCUAAUACUAGUUCUUGUUCUAGUUCUAAUCCUAGUCAUAAUCCUAGUUAUAAUCCUAGUUUGAGUUCUAGUCAUACUUCUAAUUCUAGUUCUUGUCCUAGUUCUGGUUCUAGUCAUAGUUCUAGUUCUAAUUCUAAUUCUAGUCAUAGUUCUUGUUCUAGUUCUAGUCCUAGUUCUAAUCCUAAUUCUAUUUCUAGUUUGAGUCAUAGUUCUAGUCCUAGUUCUAAUCAUAGUUCUAGUCCUAGUUCUGAUUCUUGUUCUAGUUCUGGUUUCUAG